AUAGUUCAAGUCCUAGCAGACGACAGAGAAAGGUCCUAUUUUACAACAUAAAGUUUACAGCUAAACAAAGUACACCAUAAUGUGGAAACGUAUUGCGACUCUGGGCCGUAAAACAUCACUGGAAUUGAGGCUAUGUAGCAAAGCCAUUCAAUUUAGACAACCACUGGGAAGAGUUUUUCUUCAUCAAGAGUCUAUUCCAAGGUUACCGGUUCCACCUUUAGAUCAAACGCUAUCACGUUUUCUCGAUACCUGCCGCCCUCUAUUAUCUGCUAAUGAACUUAAUGAAGUUGAGAAAUUAGCAAAGGAAUUUGGUAAAAGUGGGACAGAAUUACAGAAACUGCUUGAAACUAGAGCACAAGAGGAACUCAAUUGGCUAGAAGAAUGGUGGCUACAUACAGCUUACCUCGAUUAUAGAUUACCUGUUGUUGUUCAUAGUAGCCCUGGUAUAUUAUGCCCGAGACAAAAGUUUAAUAGCAGAGAUGAUCAAUUGGACUAUACUGCACGUCUUAUCUCUGGUGUUUUGGAUUAUAAGAAAGUCGUCGAUAAUCAGAAUGUUCCGAUCGAAGCUAUGGGCAAUAAUCCGUUGUGCAUGUAUCAAUAUUAUCAGAUUUUGAGCGCAUGCAGAAUUCCUGGAAAGAAAAGGGAUUCAUUUGCUGUUUAUCCCCCAACUGAAAAAGACCCACCACGUCAUAUUAUCAUUAUUUGUAAUAAUGCCUUCUUUAAGUUGGACGUCUAUGAUAAGGAUGAUAACCCACUCACUACGAAUCAACUGUGCGAACAGCUUCGUAAAAUAUUUAAGAAGUCGUUUUCAGUAAAAUCUCCUGGAGUUGGUAUUCUUACAUCCGAGAAUCGUAACACAUGGGGACUAUAUUACGACAAGUUGAAAAAUCUUGAUCCCGAAAAUGAAAAGAAUUUAAAGCUCAUUGAGAAGUCUAUAGCUACAGUUUGUUUUGAUAAAGCUAUACCCUUCGAUGGAAGAGAUGAGUUCAGCGUUGGCAUAAAUCAAAUGAAUCAUGGAUGUGGCUCUAAGAAUAAUUCAGCUAACAGAUGGUUUGAUAAAACGCUUCAGUUCAUUGUAUCUGAAGAUGGACAAGUUGGGUUAACGUAUGAACAUAGUUCGGCAGAAGGACCACCUAUCGUUUCAAUUCUUGAUCAUGCUUUAAUUCAUGCGAGAUCUAACAAAACUGCACCUGACGGCUCUAUUGACGGUUUGCCGGAACCUGAAGUUUUGAAUUUUAAUGUAAACGAAGAAAUACAACAUGGUAUUGAGGAAGCUGGAAAAAACAUAGAUACACUUAUAAGCGAUUUAUCCUUAGUUGGAUAUGUAUUUAAAGAUUUUGGGAAAGAAGCCAUUAAAAAGCUUAAAGUUAGUCCAGACGCCUUUAUACAGGUAGGUUUCCAGUUGGCUUAUAACAAGAUAUAUGGUCGCUCAUGCGCAACCUACGAAUCCGCCUCUCUGAGGAAAUAUCGACAUGGACGAACGGACACCAUUCGAAGCUGCACAAACGCUUCUCAUGAGUUUGCUCAAGCAAUGAUUUCAUCUAAAUUCUCGGAAGAUGUCGAGACGAAGAGAAAAUUACUACUUAAUGCUAUCAACGCUCAUAGACAAUACACUCAAUGGGCAGUUGGAGGUGGUGGGGUUGAUAGACAUUUACUCGGUCUCAAGCUUAUUGCAAAGGAACACGGAAAAAACAUUCCUGACCUAUUGAUGGAACCAUCGGUAGCUGAAACUUCACAUUGGAAAUUAAGUACCAGUCAAGUAGCCUCUAAAACUGGUUGCUUAUUAGGAUUCGGACCUGUGGUUCCCGAUGGAUACGGACUGUGUUAUAAUCCUCAGUCGAAUUCGAUAAAUUUUUCUAUUUCAUCUUGGAAAACGAGCCCAGAAACUGAAAGUCAACGCAUGGCCGAAAGCAUCGGAUCUGCUUUGGUAGAAUGUUAUCAACUGUUAUCAAGUGGAAAUGUACAGGCAAAAUUGUAA